AAAAGUACGCACGGUGGCGCUGCAGACUAACAAUUUGUAUUACGAGGCGCUCUAAGGAUGAGCAGGAAGUCCUUCCCAGUAAUCAGAAUGCGAACUGUUCCCGGAGAGAAGGGGGCAUUUACAUAAGAUCUAGGAUAAUGGACUCCUGUAAGCAAUUCGGGAAGAUUUAAGUCUAGGUUAUUUCAUCAAACAUUAUCUGUGUGGAUUGAAACAGCCAAGAUUUAGAAGCAACAGCGCCUUAGGAAUUGCAUUUGAACGAUGGAGACAGCUCUAGCAAAAACGCCAAAGAAAAGGCAAGUCGUUUUUCUUACUAUAUUGCUGCUUUUAUGGGAGGCUGGCUCUGAGGCAAUUAGAUAUUCUAUUCCAGAAGAAACAGAGACUGGAUACUUGGUGGCUAAUCUGGCAAAAGAUCUGGGGCUUAGGGUGGGUGAAUUGGCCACUAGAGGGGCGCGAAUCCAUCAUAGAGGAAACAAAGAGCUCUUGCAGCUGGAUGCAGAGUCCGGGAAUUUGAUCCUGAAGAAAAAACCAGAUAGGGAGGUGCUGUGUGGGGCGACAGAACCCUGUAUACUGCACUUCCAGCUCAUACUGGAAAACCCUGUGCAGUUCUUCCAAACUGACCUGCAGCUCACAGACAUAAACGACCAUUCCCCAGAGUUCCCUCACAGGGAAAUGCCCCUAAAAAUUCAAGAAAGCGUCCAGCCAGGGACUGUGUUUCCAUUGAAGGCUGCUCAGGAUCCUGACAUAGGCAGCAAUGCUGUUCAGAACUACACAGUCAACCCCAACCUCCACUUCCAUGUCGUUACUCACAGUCGUGCUGAUGGCAGGAAAUACCCAGAGCUGGUGCUGGACAGAGCCCUGGACAGGGAGGAGCAGCCUGAGCUCACUUUAACCCUCACUGCUGUGGAUGGUGGGUCGCCACCCAAGUCUGGAACCACCACAGUUCGCAUUGAAGUAGUGGACAUCAAUGAUAAUGCUCCCCAGUUUGUACAGUCGCUCUAUGAAGUUCAGAUUCCCGAGAACAGCCCCCUUGAUGCCUUAGUAUUGACUGUCACUGCCAGGGAUUUAGAUGCUGGGAUACAUGGGAAUGUAGCCUACUCUUUGUUUCAAGGUGGUGAAGUUUCUCAACCAUUUGUAAUAGACCAAGUUACAGGAGAAAUUCGCCUUAAAGGGGCAUUGAAUUUUGAGGCAACAACGUAUUAUACCAUGGAAAUUGUAGCGGCAGACAAUGGAGGUCUUUCAGGAAAAUGCAGUGUAGCUAUACAGGUGUUGGAUGUGAAUGACAACGCCCCUAAACUCACCAUAUCUUCGCUCACUAGUUCAAUCCCAGAAAAUGUUCCUGAAGCUGUAGCCGCUGUUUUCAGUGUUUCUGACCCAGAUUCUGGGGACAAUGGAAGGAUGGUGUGUUCUAUUCAGAAUGAUCUUCCAUUUCUCUUAAAACCCACAUUUGAGAACUAUUACACUUUAGUGACAGAGGGGCCACUGGACAGAGAGAACAGAGCUGAGUACAACAUCACCAUCACAGUCACCGACCUGGGAACACCCAGGCUCACAACCCAGCACACCAUAACAGUGCAGGUCUCUGACGUCAACGACAACGCCCCCGCCUUCACACAAAGCUCCUACACCCUGUUUGUUGAAGAGAACAAUAGCCCCGCCCUGCACAUAGGCACCAUCAGCGCCACAGACUCAGACUCAGGCUCCAAUGCUCAUAUCACCUACUCACUGCUGCCCACCCACGACCCGCAGCUGGACCUCUCCUCGCUCAUCUCCAUCAAUGCUGACAACGGACAGCUGUUCGCGCUCAGGGCACUGGACUACGAGGCCCUGAAGACCUUCGAGUUCCGCGUGGGCGCCACAGACCAAGGCUCUCCCGCGCUCAGCAGUCAGGCGCUGGUGCGCGUGCAGGUGCUGGACGCCAACGACAAUGCGCCCUUCGUGCUCUACCCGCUGCAGAACGCCUCUGCGCCCUUCACAGAGUUGCUGCCCAGGGCGGCAGAACCCGGCUACCUGGUCACCAAAGUGGUGGCUGUGGACCGCGACUCUGGCCAGAAUGCCUGGCUGUCAUUCCAGCUGCUGAAGUCCACGGAGCCAGGACUGUUCAGCGUGUGGACUCACAAUGGCGAGGUGCGCACCUCCAGGCUGCUGAGUGAGCGCGAUGUGCCCAAGCACAGGCUGCUGCUGCUGGUCAAGGACAAUGGCGAUCCUCCGCGGUCUGCCAGUGUCACUCUGCACGUGCUGGUGGUGGAUGGCUUCCCUCAGCCCUACCUGCCUCUGCCAGAGGUGGCGCACGAUCCCGCGCAGGAUGAGGACGCACUCACGCUGUACCUGGUCAUUGCCUUGGCAUCGGUCUCUUCACUCUUCCUCUCGUCUGUUCUGCUGUUUGUGGGGGUAAGGCUGUGCAGGAGGACCAGGGCGACCUCACUGGGUGGCUGCUCUGUGACUGAGGGCCACUUUCCUGGUCAACUGGUGGAUGUCAGCAGUACAGGGACCCUGUCCCAGGGUUACCAGUAUGAGGUGUGUCUGACUGGAGACUCUGGGACCACAGAUUUCAAGUUCUUUAAUCCCAUUAUCCCCAGUGGUCUGUUUCAAGACCCCUAGCUAAAUUCCAGUCACCAGGAGACGUAGGUUUCAAUAACCACAUCAGAAAUAGUUGCUUUUUAUUUUCCUUUUGCUUUCCAUAUUCUUUCCUUGAGUCAAUAUAUUUCUACAUCGAUUUUAUUCUCUGUUUUCUUUUAGUGUAUUUUUUUUGGGGGGGGUGAGAACUGUGCUUCCUAUUUUGUCAGUGUAAACCUAAUGCAUCUUUUUCCUUCACUAAUUUAGGAGGGGGAUGUAUAACUCUGUUGUGUUUCUCUGGUUAUUUCCAAUGCUGUUCUCAGGAACUCAUUUCUUCCUCUCCAUUAUAACCAGCAUGGAUUUCUGCAACAUCCACUUCAAAUAGUGUCUUGUUGAGGCUAUGCAUAUAGCUUGCUGUAUAGAAUUAAUUUUGAUUUUCACUUCCCUCCAGCUUGGUAAAUUUUCCGUGUUCAACAUCCAUUGUGACAUUUUCAGAGGUGCACACACCACACCUUGAUACUAUUCACUUAUCCCAUUCCUUAAUUCUCUGUUUUUCUCCCCAUCACCGUCUUAAACCCCCCCCCAUUUUGCCUUCAUGUACUAACUGAAUUUUAGAGGGUGAUUAUUUAGCUUAAAUGAUUUGCAGCUCCAUGUCUCUCAAAAUGACAUUUUCAUUCUCGAUGCCCGAAUAAAGUAACUCCAUCAUGCAUGUGCUUCCCUCACCAACACAUAUGUGUUAUAAUGGUAACACAGCAUUGUGUACAGCUAAUAAAGGGUGAA